CGAGCGCCUACCAGUGCAACAGGCCAUGAUAUCGCUCCAUUGACUGCUAUACCGGAGUCGCAUAAACCUAACUCAUAUUUUCCGAUCUUCAUGAUGCUGGUACUCGGACCUUUCCAUCUGCUGCAACAUCUCAAAUACCCGUUGCGCUAAAACUCAGUACCCCUUGUCGAUAUGGAGUCGCUGAAACAAUAUGCCUUGGUCGUUCUGACUAUCGCUUCCUGUCUUUGGUCUUUGAACUCGGCUGAGGCUUUCGCAUACGGCCGUACAUUACAUGUUAUUGGUCUGAUUCUUGGUGCGAUCGGUGCCUCUUUAUUGGGCUUCUCGCGAUAUCUUGUCAGAUCAAGCAAAUCUUCUUACGAUGAGCUACCAUUAGAGGAGAACACAUCUGAUGGCCCGUCGACCCCACCUUCACCGGUGUCGCCCAGUUUCGCACAUGUGCAUAGUCCUCAGAUCAGUGUACGCCGGAUGCGAAUAUGCUUCGUGCUUUUGGUAAUCUUCUUGUGCGCUCGUGCCGAGACCCUAAGACGUCUGAUCAGAGACGUUCAAUGUGUUGGCUCUGCUUAUACUGAAUUCAUACCCCUCGGUCUUGCUGUCGUCGAUUUCUGCGUAUAUCAAAGACACAAAGUGACCCCUACUGGAGACAACUCUGACUUAAGUAUGUACGAACUUCUGGAGGUCUCAUGGGCUGCCAAUCGCUAUCGCUAUAUCGUCAUCACUGCUCUUUUUGGCCUCUCCAGCGCGACUGUUCUGCAUCGAAGCGAGGGUCUAUCUUCCACUUACAUCUGCACUCCUACGACCAACGAUAAGAUGAUCACGAUUCAACGCAUUGCUCUGGCUCUCGACUUCUCUAUUUCUUUCUGUUUAGAUGUUCUUAUACGUUCAUACCCCAACACUGGCAAAACUUCACCUGCCAGAUCUCUAAGCAUUGUCGGCUGGGCAUGUCUGCUUUCUGCUUCCGCUAUUGGUGUUUGGGGGAUCAUCUGGUUUCUCGCCGUCCCCGAGGAUAGGUUCUGGGUUCUCGAAAUUCCCCGUGGCUUUGUUUGGCGUACGAUCAAAUUGGCCGUAUUAUGUUGUACGGUAGCUUUGUCUACUUGCAUUACAAUCUUCUACUCUGGUAUGAUCUCGGCCGUCUCUGUUCUCCUUUUUGUCGCAUCUUGCUCGAUAACUACCACUUGGUCCUGGCAUACACUUCCCCCAUUUCCCCCAGAUGCCGACACAUCAACUCUGAUAUCAUUCUUUGGCCUUGUGAUCGCUUUCAUCGCGCUCAUACAUACUCAGGUUAUCUCAGAAGAUCAUCGCCGUCAGAGCCGUGGAAUGUUCUCGGACACGCCAAUUUCUCUUGUCGGACUCAUUGUCUUGAUAUUCUGUAUCCGCUUUCUAAUUUGGCUUGGACAUUCUACUAAUGUUGCCUAUCACCCCAUCGACUUACUCAUACACGAAGCAAGCGACACUCAUAAAGCUUACUCAAGACGAGCAUAUUCGAGCGCUAACCUGACAGCCGCCGUAGUCGAGUACCAGUAUCGCUAUGGGAGAAGUCCUCCACCAAAUUUCCAUGAGUGGUACAGAUACGCGAUCGGACGUAAUUCUUUAGUAAUCGAUGAGUUUGACAAGAUCCAAGAAGAUCUGUUACCAUUUUGGACUCUAAGCCCACCAGAGAUCAGAGAAAGGACAUGGCAAGCCACAUCCAAUCCUUGGAAUGAUGUUACUGGAAUCGGCAUACGCAACGGCAGGGCUGAGAUCAGUCCCAACGCGAUGGGUACGCAUAGAUGGAUGCUGGAUGGUAUCGUCGAUAUGAUCAGCCACUUCAGCGAGUUCUUGCCCGACAUGGAUUUGGGCUUCAACGUAAACGAUGAGUGCCGUGUUGCUGUUCCAUACGAAGACGUUGAAGCGAGAAGACAGGCUGCCAAAGGGAAGACUAGCCUUCACAAGAACGCACAAAACUCAUUCAGCGAGAAGAGGGGUGACGCUUGGAAGCCACUGCCAGAAGAAUCUAGCGGUAUCACACCUUUCAGAGAGAUGUCGUGGCAGAAAACGUUCGACGAGUUUGGAGUGUCUGGCUGCCCACCCAACUCUGCGGCGCGUAGCUCACUACAAUGGGACACGACCCAUCUGUGUACGACAUGCUUGGCUCCACACUCACUGGGAGGAUAUUUGUCCAAUUGGACGACGAGUGCAGACAUCUGCCAUCAACCCGAUCUCGCUAAUCUGCACGGUUUUUAUUUAUCGCCAGCAGCAUUUAAAGCAACACACGAGCUGUACCCUGUCUUUUCGCAGUCGAAGGUACACGGCUAUAACGACAUUCUGUACCCAUCCGCAUGGAACUACGUGGACAAAGUAAGGUACGAUCCCAACGACGAACACCCUGACCUCUCAUGGGACGAGAAGACGCGAACGCUCUUCUGGCGUGGCAGUACCUCUGAGGGCGUCUCGUCCAACACCGGUGUCUGGAAAGGCAUGAGCCGACAGCGCUUCAUGAACCUAGCCAACAAUGUUGCUUCCGCCAUACCGCCACAACCAAUCCUCCUCCCUUAUCCUUUUGCCAACAAACGCAAGAAGCUUGCCUAUGUGGACGUUCCUGCGUCCGAGCUCGUCAAACGCGUACCAGUAGACGUCAAACUCGUAGAACACAUCAUACGAUGCGGCGGUAUCGACUGCGAAGACCAAGAGAAGCACUUUGCGCCCAUGGUUGCUCCCACAGACUUCCAAACACAUUGGUCAUACCGCUACUUGCUCGAUCUCGACGGAGCUGCAUUCUCCGGUCGCUUCAUCCCAUUCCUGCAAUCGCAGAGUUUACCGUUCAAAGCGGCAUUGUUCCGUGAAUGGUGGGAUGACAGAUUGACACCAUGGCUUCACUUUGUACCGCUCGACCUUCGAGGUCAUGGCUUCUGGGCUACCCUGGUCUACUUCAUGGGCAUUGAAGGCAAGAUUCACGGGAAAAGGAUCAUGCUACCUGGACACGACAAACAGGGUCAAUAUAUCGCCGAUUCUGGACGUGAAUGGGCCAACAAAGUGUUGAGGAAAGAGGACAUGGAAAUUUAUAUGUUUAGACUGUUGCUCGAAUGGGGGAGAAUUACAGAUGACAAGAGAGAUGAGUUGGGUCUGAGUGUGACAGAGGCGGAAAGGAUUGGAAAGAAGUGGACCGAUGAUGGGAAGAUGUAUUAUGGCGAUAAGCAUGAGUAGAACGUACAUAGUGACAUUAGUCUGUGCACAAUGGUUUUGUUUUUCUUGCCAAUAUUAGAUUGUCGAAGGCAGCUGAGAUGGGGUGGAUCCGGGAUGUGUCCAAGUCGAAAAAUAACCAAAUCCAACGACCCACGUGUAUUGAACCAAAUUCACACAACA